AAAAAAAAUUGAAUCAAAAAAAAUUGGAUCAGAAAAAAUUAAAUCAGAAAAAAUUGAAUCAGCUAACAUUGUAAGUGUUGAAGAUGACUCAAAUGAAAACUUACAAGAAGAUUUAAAGAAACAUUCUCCCAAUCUUGAUGAUUAUUUAUUGAAAUUAUGGCCGGAUCUAAAACAAAACGAAAAAAUGGCUUUAAAAACGUUAACGAAAAAUGUUAAAUUAGAAACUUUGGCUCAUUACGAUUUAAAAUAUCUUUUAAAAAAUAUCGAGACUGAUCAAAAAGGAGACGGGGUAACUGAAACUUACGAUCACACGUCUUUAAAAUCGAAAGAAUUCGAUGAAAACGUUGAAAUCUGUUUUAUGGGGAUGAUUGGGUAUCAAUUUAUUUUAAUCACGGAAAAUAACGAAUUGGAAUCUCCUAAAUAUCUCGAUCAAUUUAACAAGAUUUGUGUUAACUCGUACGAACCUAUUUUAAUAAUACAACAAGAAUCGAGUUAUUUAGAACUAAAAUUUAAAAUAUUACAUGAUGUAAUUACAUUACAAAGCAUUCACGUUAACGUUAACGGAAAAGAUGAAAUUGAUAACAUUUUUAAGGAAAAUUUAAAUGAAUUUAAUGCCUUGAUUGGUGGAAAUAUUAAAAUUGAUGAAUUAAAAUUGGGCGAUUUUAAUAAAAAUGAAGAAGGAUUAAGUUUGGUUUUGUUUGAUGUUGAUUUAACGACGGAAAUGUAUUUAAACGGGCGAUUAAUGGCCGAUAAUUUAGAUGAUGAAGAAGAAGGAACAACAACGUUAAUCAUUUCAGCUUCCGUCGGAGUUUUUAGCGUCUCAUUUUUAGUUAUUAUCGUUUUAAUUUACCAAUUUUGCUUGAAAAAUAAAUCCAGGAAAAUGAUUUAUAUUUUGACACAUCGGUAAUGAUGCAUUUCCAAAAAUAUUUUUGCUCAAUCUUUCUUUUAGGAACCAAAGAAAAUCAUUUUUAACUUAUGUAAAUAUACAAUAAUUAAGUUUUAAGCACAAUUUUUUCUCACAUUUUAAGUAGAUUUUAAUAAUGUUUGCAUUGUAUACGUAUUUUUCUUAUUUCUUAGUUUUGCUAAAAUCGUUGCGAUUUAAAAGAGAUUAAAUUUCUUUUCGAAAUACUUUGUAAAUACUCAUUUAUUUAGUUUUUAAUUAAAUUUUAAGUAUAUUAAAUAUCCUUUUUUAAGUUAA